UUGGAGCGACAGGUGAUAAAGAAAGCUCAUUUAUCGGGAACCAUUCUAAAAUUUAUUUACAAAACAACCUUGCAACUAACAAGGUGGUUUUAACCAGUUUUACAGUCAGUUGGUAUACAUCUAGAGGGAGGCAAAAUGCAAAACACAGUUAAGUUUACGAAACCAUUUUUGGAGAUUUGCAAAAAGGUAAAUACCAGGAAGGGCCAUCUUAUUCAGCCAUGCAGGACCAAAGUUCUGUCAGUACAAAACAUGAACCCCCAUGUCAAGAACAUGGAAUAUGCUGUCAGGGGACCAAUUGUCAUUCGAGCUGGUGAGAUUGAGCAAGAACUAGCAAAGGGUGUAAAGAAACCAUUUACUGAAGUCAUCCGAGCCAACAUUGGAGAUUGUCAUGCAACUGGACAGAAACCUAUAACAUUCUUACGACAGGUUGUUGCAAUAUGUACAGAUCCAGAAAGGUUAAUGAAUGAUCCCUCAUACCCAGCAGAUGCCAAAGACAGAGCUAGAAGGAUACUUGACAGCUGUGCUGGACAAAGUGUUGGUUCUUAUAGUGACAGCUCUGGUGUACGAGUGAUCAGAGAAGAUAUAGCUAAAUAUAUCUCAGAGAGAGAUGGACAUCCAUCCAGCCCAGAUGAUAUUUUCCUUAGUACAGGAGCUAGUGACAGUAUCAAGACAAUAAUGAAGUUGAUGAUGACAGGAGAGUCAGGUAAAGAUAGGGCUGGAAUCAUGAUCCCUAUACCUCAGUAUCCUCUAUAUACAGCAACCAUUGCUGAAUAUAACGCGCAUCCUAUAGGUUACUAUUUAGAUGAAUCAAACACAUGGGCAUUAAACAUUCCAGAAAUGAAGAGAGCUAUUAAUGAGGCUAGAAACCACUGUAUACCAAGAGCUAUUGUCAUCAUUAAUCCAGGAAAUCCAACAGGUCAGGUUUUACCAAGACAGAACAUUGUAGAUAUUAUAAAGUUUGCCAAAGAAGAAAAUCUGUUCUUGAUGGCCGAUGAGGUGUACCAGCAUAAUAUAUAUGCCUCUGGUUCAGAAUUCCACUCCUUCAAGAAGGUAUUAACUGAGAUGGGACCAGAAUAUAACACAAUGGAGCUGGCCUCCUUUAUGUCCACUUCAAAAGGAUACAUGGGGGAAUGUGGUUUCCGUGGAGGUUACUGUGAGGUCAUUAACCUUGACCCAGAUGUGAAGGUCAUGCAGCUGAAGUCAAUCUCUGCUAAACUCUGCUCCUCAGUUUCUGGACAGGCUGUGAUGGACGUUGUAGUGAACCCACCGAAACCUGGGGAACCGUCCUAUGAUCUCUUUAUGAAGGAAAAAGAUUUCGUUCUCGGCCAGCUAAAAAAGAAGGCCGAGAUGGUAACAGAAACAUUUAAUUCCAUUGAUGGUAUAUCAUGUAAUGUUGUACAAGGUGCUAUGUAUGCAUUCCCCAACAUCAAAAUACCAGCAAAAGCCAUAGAGGCUGCCAAGGCCGCUGGUCAGAAGCCAGAUGCGUUCUAUUGUUUCCAGUUAUUAGAGGAAACUGGUAUCUGUGUGGUACCCGGCUCUGGAUUUGGUCAAGUAGACGGAACCUAUCACUUCAGAACAACGAUAUUGCCCCCUACAGAGAAACUGCAAGGAAUGUUAGAAAAAUUCAAAGUGUUCCAUGGACAGUUUUUACAGAAAUACAAGUGAAAUAUUCCAGUACUCUAGAAAAUAUGAAACUGUUUUUUGUUGUGAAAGUUUCAUAUGAUCAUGUAUUAAAUUAAUACACCAGUGUUUAACUUUCGCACCGACAGGGUUUUCAUUUAUCAGAUUGAUUGAAAGUAAAAUUUGAGUGCUAAGUCUGUUUAUUUUAAAAUGGGAACAUGAAUCUUAUCUUGAUUUUUUUCGUUGCAUUACAUAAAAUGAGCCGUGUCACGACAAAACCAACA